CAAAUUCAGCUUUUGCCAAAAAAAAAAAUGCAGGUUGAUCAUCAUCAUCAUCAAACCUCUUCUGGUCAUAAUAUUGAUCAGAAAUAUUCCCAGAAGAAGAAGUUUUUCAUCAAUUAUUCAGUCCUAAUUAUGAAUAAUAUCAAAGGGCCAUUUCGCGUCAUAACAACGACACUCCUCAGCCUCUUACUUCCGCUGUCGUUUCUCCUCCUGGCAAGGCUUUCCUCCGUUCGUUUCGUCUUAAGCCUCACCUCUUUUCCCUCCCCAGAACCCUCCACUUUCUUCUCCAUUUUCCUCUGCACAAACCCAGCUCUCCUUUACUCUCUCGUCUCCACUGUAAGCAUUUCAACUCUCAUUCACAAUCUCACAGGUAACAAACUCACUCUCUUAAGCCCUUCUUCUUCUUCUGAUCAUCAUGAUCAAAAUUAUAUUCGACGUCCAAGAUUAUACGCUUCAUGGUUUUUUCUCUGCACGCUUCAAGUCUGCGUCGGGUUAGGAAUCGAAGGAAGCGUGGCUUUAGGGACGGAUUAUAGUUUCUCGAGCUUUAAUGGUACGGACAAGAGGACGUUGUUCAGUAGAGUGAUAUUUUUCCUUGGUUUGCAUGAGACGAUGAUUCAUUGGUCAAGACUGGGGGUGAGGCCGGUGGUGGACGACACUAUUUUCGGUGUCGUUUCGACGACCGAGAAGUGGGUUCAGAGAGGGGCCAUGGCCGGAGGUUUUACGAGCCUUUGGUAUUGGAGGAUGAGGGAUGAGAUUGAGUCGUUGGUGGUGGUGGCUGAGAUCAAAGGAGAGAUGUCCAUGGCCGUUGGAUUGGGUGACUUUGCUGGGUGGUGGUUGUAUUAUCUGACGGUGACGGUUGGGAUGGUUAGGCUUGUUAAGGGUCUUAUGUGGGUUGGCAUGUCUUUGUUUUGUUGUAGGAGGUCAUUGGGAUUAACAUUAGAUGAUGAUGAUGAUGAAAAUCAUGAUCACGAAGACAAAGUCUGA